AUGUCUGUUAAGGACGUCAACAAGAGGAGCGGUGAGCUGGAGGGCAAGCUGAAGGGCAAGCUUUUUUUGGGCGGCACAAAGCCUUCCCAAGAGGACGUGAAGCUGUUCAACGACUUGCUGGGCGCCGAAAACACAUCCUUGUACCGUUGGGUGAAGCAUAUGGCCUCCUUCACGGAGGCGGAGCGCAAGGCGUGGGGGGCCCCUGUGAAGGUAACAGCUACCACUUCGGCUUCCGCUCCCGCAAAGCAGGCACCAAAGAAGGCGGCGUCUGCCCCCGCCAAGCAGGCCGAUGAAGACGAAGACAUUGACCUCUUCGGGGAAGCGACGGAGGAGGAGACAGCUGCUCUUGAGGCCAAGAAGAAGAAGGACGCUGACGCCAAGAAGGCAAAGAAGGAGGUUAUCGCCAAAUCCUCCAUCCUGUUCGACGUCAAGCCGUGGGACGACACCGUGGAUUUGCAGGCGCUGGCAGAUAAGCUGCACGCCGUUAAGCGCGACGGCCUGCUGUGGGGCGACCACAAGCUGGUGCCUGUGGCAUUCGGCGUGAAGAAGCUGCAGCAGCUUAUCGUCAUUGAGGACGACAAGGUCUCCAGUGAUGAUUUGGAGGAAUUGAUCAUGUCGUUUGAGGACGAAGUGCAGUCCAUGGACAUUGUCGCCUGGAAUAAGAUCUGA